UUAAACAAGACUUUAAACAAGACUUCAACAUAUGCCAAGACCAUGUCACCCUUCUCGUACUUUAAACAAGACUUCAACAUAUGCUUCCUCAAUAAAAGUGUGUCAAUACAAUAUUUUAUCAUAUUGGGGGAUAUUGGAAAAUAUUACAGACAUACCAAUGUCUUUGAGCAAGUCCUGGAUAUAAAAUAAUUAUUAUACAAGAGACUCCACACACUGCAAUCGCUCCAAUGUGGUUUAUCAGAGCCUGUAUUCAUAAAGAAUCUCAAGGUAUGAGUGCUGAUCUCGGAUAUGGUCACCCCCUGUCAAUCCAAUCUGAUUCAUUAUGAUCUAAAAGGCUAAACAGAUCCUAGGUGAGUUAUUCUACUCUGAGAUUCUUUAUGAAUAUGGGCCCAGGUCUAUAUUGGGGGGUCCUGACAUUUCCUGUUAAGGGCCUACAGCAGUCCAGUCCAUAAACAGACACGAGCUGAAAUAGGCCAGUGGAGCCGCUUGUGUCUCUGGAGUGCUGGUUACAACAGACCCAGCUGUCUGAAAUAGAUCUGCUUUCUGUCUGAGCUCCUUAUCUCUCCAUCAACACCUUCUCUGAAACCUGGUAGAGGUGGAGAGAGAGAGGCAGAGAAUGAGAGGGAAAGGGAGAUGGGGAGAUAGUGGAAAAGGGGAAGAAAGUAGAGGUGAUAGAAAAGGAGAGAGAGAAGAGAGAGAGGAAGACUGACAUUAAGGGAGAGAAGUGAGAGGUGAGAGGAAAAGGGAAGAGAUAGCAAGGUGGAGGGAGUCAUGGGACAAGGAAUAGGGUGGAAUAUACUGUAGCAACACGGGUGACGCCUCUCUCUCACUUUUUUUACCCAUCUAUUGUUUUUAUUAUAAUUCUGUGGACCAUGCUGUCGAUCGCUAAUGAGGUCAUCUUACAGGUAGAAGCCCUAGUUACUCUGUCCACAGCACAAUGAAGUAUCUCUUCCUCCUCCCACCCUCCAUUCCUCCCUCCUAUCCUUUGUCUGCAGGUCUAGAGGGUGCGAGGUGGACCCAAAGAAGUGUUGUUUUGUGCAAGGCCUAUAUAUUGAUCAAUGCUUCUGUCCUGCUCAUCAUUCCACCAGCAUCUCUCAUCCUGCACAUGAUGACACAAGACUCCAAAGGAAUGGUGAGUGCAACUCUUUAAAUUGUGAGUGGGUUCUUUGGGGCUUUUCACACUACUGAGCAGAACUGAGCUGAGCCAAACCAAGUUGUACUGAGUUGGCCUAGUUGUAUACAUCUACCACAGUUGCUGGAACUUUGCUGAAAAGGACCAUGUAAAAAUGAAAGAGUCAGCACAGUUUGGUUUGAAAUGUAAAGGUAGUGUGAAAAGGAUAUCUGUGGUGGUUGAAAACCCGCACGGAGCACUCACUGGUAACAGUCUUUUGAAAAAUGGAAAACUUCAAAAGACCAGUGAGUCAAGGCUGUUGGUUAGGACCGUUGAUCGUUUGGGCUGUUCUUGUACGAGUAUUGACCAAUGGGAUUGGUGAGUCGUGAAUGAUGGAUGAGUGGUACAAUUGAUGUGUUGAUAAGUGUUUUGGUGAUUGAUGUGUUAUUGGUUGGUAGGGAUUGCGUGGUCCUAUAGUAAGAAGCAAAUUUGUUUUGUUGCAUUAUCUGUAGUAGAUGAUAGUCUUCAUGGUGAACUUUAAUAAAUUGGUUAGACAUUAGUGUGCAGUGAUUGGUAAGGGAUUGGUGGAUAAUUCUCAGGAAACAAGUACAUUAGUCACUAAUCACUAUUAUAACUUUGCGAUAAACAAAAUUAAGUAUGUUAUAGGUUAACUGAAAACAUCCCACUGGGCACACCACAUAAUUUCAGCAUGGAGAUUUGGGUAAUAUUUGGUUGAGACGUUGAUCAAUGAGAUUUCAUGCUUUAUUCACACAAAAGACAGCCAGAAGUUUGUUGAAUUCGAAUGUUUUACCACUAUGCUUUCAACCAUCUUAAAGCACAUCCAAAUUUCUAUGGAAAAACCAUGUCUGAUUGGUCAUCGAAAUGUGUUGUCAUUGCGGUUUCAACCAUUUAAAAACACAACAAAGUUCAAAUGGGAAUACAAUGUCAGAUAGAUUUACAACAACUUAACGUGUUAUCACCAUGCUUCAUUUAAUAGCACAACCAAAUGACCUGGAUUGCAGUUGAGAUUACAUCAAUGCUGUUCAAGAUUCUCAAUAGAUUACUUUAGCAAUUGUGAAGAUCUCCACAGACCUGUGACCUUUGCAUGCUAUCUUGAACAUGCACGCUUUCUAGGAUUACAUAAGAAGACAUUUAUAGUAAUCUUAAAAUGUGGCCAUGGGUGUGUUGCUCAUUUUAAGGUUGAAUAAAUACUGUCACAUUAAUUUGUAAGAUAGUUUUAACUAAAGUGAUUUUGAAUUGUUGUCAACGCAACCUAAUAUCAACAUUUGAAGGAGAUGUACCUUUUGUGCCCCUGACCUAGUCUGGUCUUUUCAAGUUUGUCUACAGAUGAAUAAUUGAUAUGUUGGAUACAUGUCUCCAUCUCAACCAUAAAUCUAAAUUAAAGAAUAGUACUGAAUUAGAUUUUUGGCUGAGAUAGAGACAUGACUCCAACAUAUAAAUUAUGAAUUUGUAGACAAACUGGAAUUAAAGCCAGGCUAAGUCUGAGGCACAGAUGGACAUUUCCAAGUAGAAUAUACAUCUCCUUCAAAUGUUGAUAUUCGGCUGCAUUGACAACCAAACACAAUUCAAUAUCCAGUUUGUCUACAAAUUCAUAAUUGAUAUGUUGGAGUGGCUACUGACUGGCACAAGUUUUGCCCGAAAAACAAUUCUCAUCCUAAAUGAUAUCACAAAAUGCUUAAUGAUAUGACGUGAUUAUUGUUUGGAUCCCCACCGACCAUUCCAAACAUUUGGAUUCCAAAACUAAUAUUCCAAUGUCCAAUCAAUUGAUGUUAAGGUUUUUAGCAAGAGUCUCUCUUCUGUAACACUCAGACAUUCCAUUCUCAAUACGGCAAAGUCAAAUAGAGAAAGUUAACGACCGGCGUUAAGUCAUAAAACCGUCCGAGAGUCACGACAAUGUCUCCAGCUCAAUCAAAAUCAAAAGUUCAAGAAUAUAGGACAAAAUCAAAUCAAACUUUAAAUGCACUUUAAAAUAAAGUUUGAUUUAGUCCUAUUCUUGAACUAUUUUUGAGAUCUCUCAGUAAUCAUUCUCAUGAUACAACAUCUGUAGUAGUCAGUGACAAAUAUCGAAGCUGGGAUUGGUUAAAAUCCUGGAUGAGAGACCAAAUGGAUAGCUCUAGAUAGAUCAGCUUUCCAGUAGGAGAUGCUGCCCAGCCUAUUGUUUUUUUCUUCUGAUAUAACGUUGAAGAUCUGACGUUGUUUCAAAGGUACAAGUUCAACAUAUUUUAUACAAGGUUUGUCUAUGUUGAAAAUUGGUUACCAUGAUGACAAAAUCCUGUGGUUGAAGUUUCACCCUCAAAAAAACAGUUUACGUUAAGGACUUUUUUCAAAUCCAAUGUAUUUUCCACGUAGAUGCCAUGUCACAAAUUAUGUUGAAACAAUGUUGAUUUAACCAGUUUGUGCCCGAUGAGAUACCACUGUAUUUUUCUUCCCAUUUUGUAGCAAAAAUAAGUUUUGGGUCAUUGUUUGAAGAACUGAAAUUGAUUAAGUAGUUCUCUUGAAUGAUUAUCAUAUUAGACAAAAAUCAUGAAAACAACUGGACAUCUGUUUCUCUCUUUCUCUCUCUCUCUCUCUCUCUCUUUCUCUCCCUCCCUCUCUCUCUCUCUGUCUCUCUCUCUCUCUGUCUCUCUCUCAGACUACCAGUCUGCUGGGACUGCUCCUAUGCACCACCAUCUCCUCUGCGAUGCAUACUUCACCCACAGGGGGAUACAACGAGAUGCCCCCUCUCCCGUUCACAGGCUCCCAAGACAGUCCCAUCCCCCCUACGGACCUCCACAUGUACCCAAUGCGAUCUGACUACCCUAUGCCCACCAACAACCAGAACAUGAAUGCCCGCAGCGGUCCAAUGCCCCCCUCCGACUACCCCAAUCCUGGCUUCCCCAUGCCACCAAGCACUCACAUGAACAUGACUGGGAACUGGCGAACUGGGGAACUGCUGGUAGUUGAGGCCGGGUCGGAGCCGGACAUGUCGUACUGCCAGACACUUCUGGAUGUGCCAGUGCCGCCCCCCAUGGACCAGGUGCCCUGGUUCUGUGUCUGCUCCCGCUGCAAGGCCAGCGUGGGACCCAAAGGGGACAGAGGAGACAGGGGCCUGCCAGGUAUGUAGAAAGGCAUAGAAUAGUAUACAUUUUUAUUUCACCUUUAUUUUACCAGGUAGUUCCAUUAGAAGUAGAAAAAGAGAUGUACACUCUCUUAAAAUUGUUCAUCAGAAAUGGAUCAAAAACAUGUCGUUUUUUCACCCUAAUUAGUAGUGUGGACCUUUUCUUUUGGUGUGUAGAUGGUGUGUAUUUUAGGUCUACACACCAUCUAAACUUACUAAACAAAUGAUAUAACUAGCUGCAUCCACAGUCUUUGCCUCAUUCUCUGUUCUCUUUCUGCCACUCUCAAGCAUAGAAAUAAUAUAUUAAAUACAGUAUGUUAGCUAGCCACAUAUUGUUUACGUCAUUGUUCUUAACCCACAAAGGUAUUCCAGGAAGUCCUGGUAGAAGAGGACUCACAGGGUUCAGAGGUCGGCCUGGGUUCGUGGGCCGCCAAGGACUGAAGGGUCAGAAGGGUGAUGAAAAUGAGAAGGGAGAACGUGGGCUAGUGGGUUUCACCGGCACCAAGGGGGCCCGCGGCUUCAAAGGGGACAAAGGGGACCAGGGUCUGGAGGGUGCACAGGGAGAGAUGGGGCCCCAGGGAGCGGAAGGGACCUGUCCUGCGUCCUGUGAAAGUGUUCAGGGCCGUGCAGGACAACCAGGGAUACCCGGACCGGCUGGGGCCAGGGGUCUCCCCGGAGUAGCAGGCCCUCCAGGGACUACGGGGACCAAGGGUGAAACAGGGCACAUGGGUUCCCCUGGGGUCCCCGGAACGAAUGGUGAGAAAGGUGAACUGGGGGCGAAGGGCGAGUGCAACUGCACUAAUGGAGCAGACGGGGCAGACGGUCAACAAGGGAUCCGUGGGCCCAAGGGAGAGCAAGGUGAGUUGGGCCCUAAGGGUGCUGUGGGUCUCAACGGUAAAAAGGGAGACCAGGGUGACCUCGGUAUGACGGGCAUUCCCGGGCCAUGCUCUCCAGCCAUCCAGUCCUCAUUCACCGCCGCACUCGGCACAAUUUACCCGCUACCGGACAAGCCCGUGCCGUUCACCGAAGUCAUCACCAACCAGCAGUUUCAUUUCGACCCCAUCACAGGCAUCUACAGGGCACCAGUGAACGGCACCUAUGUCUUCAGCUACCACCUGAUGGUGUUCAACAAGGUGCUGAAGGUGGGUCUGUUCCAUAAUUUCAACUCUAUCGUGAAGACCACGGAGCCAGCCCAACUGGGCACUGCUAGCCACCAGGUGGUGCUCCACCUGGUCAUGGGCGACCGGGUGUGGCUGCAGGUGAAGGACAACAUCACCAACGGCAUGUAUGCUGACAAUGAGAGCAGAAGCACCUUCUCUGGCUUCCUGCUCUACCCCGACUCUUGCGACUUGCCCUUGUUCCGAGACUUUCCUCCAGCAGGCGCUCCAGGUGGGGACGAGGGGAACUAUAGUUGGGGGUAGAUAGAGGGGCCAUCCACCACCCCAUCGCCUUAGUCCGUGAGAGUCAGUUACACAGACACAGGUUACAUACACAUAUAAUUGGAAGACACACAAUCCACACACACAUACAUUAACAAAGUUCUCGAAGUUAACACCAACAGAGCACCUUCUAUAAAUCAAAAGCCAUCUACAAUGGCCUGUUAGCUCUGGGCAGUUUCCUAUAACAUUAAUGAAUAAAAUUUCCUACAAAACGA